AUGGUUGCAAUAUCAAACUUGCUAAACAAAGGCUUACUCCUCGUGGGUCAAAGCAUCUACGCCGACGUUGCUACGCCACAACAAUCUUCCGUUCAGCAAUACAACAUCUUGAACUUCCUCGGUGGAGCAGGACCGUAUAUCGCCAAUGCCGGUUUUGGUAUCGAUACCAGUAUACCCCAGGGCUGUUCAUUAGAGCAAGUGCAGUUGCUUUCAAGACACGGGGAAAGGUACCCUACUUCUGGCUCGGGGAAGAAGAUGGAGGAGGUUUACGAAAAGAUAAAGAAGUACAACGGUACAUUAAAGGGAGAUUUGACCUUUUUCAAUGACUACACUUUUUUUGUCCACGACAAGAAGUACUAUGGGUUGGAGACCACCACGUCGAAUUCCGAAGGCACGUAUGCGGGAACUACAAACGAAUUGAGACACGGGGCUGUUUUCCGGGCCAAGUAUGGCUCGUUGUACGAGAAGAACUCGACAUUGCCAGUGUUCACUUCGAAUUCAAAUAGAGUGCACGAGAGCUCAAAAUACUUUGCAAGAGGGUUCUUGGGUGAUGAAUAUGAAGAAGGUAAAACGGUUGUGUUCAACAUUCUAUCCGAAGAAGCCAAGUCGGGACUUAAUUCAUUGACUCCAAGACACAGUUGUCCAAACAAUAACGAUUCAACUAAUGAUCAUGUUGUCGCCGAAUAUGACACCAAAUCUUACUUGAAGCCAAUUGUGGAUAGAUUGACUAAACCAAAUCCAGGCUUGAACCUCACCACCAGCGACGUCGAAAACAUGUUUCCAUGGUGUGCUUACGAGAUCAACGUCAAUGGCAGCUCUCAAGUUUGCGACUUGUUCACCAACGAGGAGUUUAUCAAAAACUCCUAUGCUAGUGAUUUAAGCUCUUACUAUUCAAAUGGACCAGGAAACAACUACACUAGACUCAUUGGAUCAGUUUUGUUGAACGCGUCAUUGGCUCUUUUGAAAGAUGAAUCUGCCCAGAACAAGAUCUGGUUGUCGUUUAGCCAUGACACCGACUUGGAGAAUUACCAUAGUGCGUUGGGAUUGAUUAAGCCAAAAGAAGACUUGCCCACUUCUUACAUCCCCUUUCCUCACAAUUACCUCCAUUCGGCUAUUGUUCCUCAAGGUGCUAGAAUUUACACUGAAAAGUUCAAAUGUGGCAAGGACUCCUUUGUCAGGUAUGUGAUCAACGAUGCUGUGAUUCCAAUCGAGUCAUGUGCCUCUGGUCCCGGAUUCUCGUGCAAAUUUGACGACUUUGAGCAGUACAUCAACAAGAGAAUCGGUGAUGUCAAGUACACCGCACAAUGCGGCACCAAUUCGUCAACUCCUCAACAAUUGUCGUUUUAUUGGGACUAUAAAACUACAAAAUACGAUGCUCCUCUCGUGGUAUGA